AUGAUGUUUGUGUCCGGAGAGACCGCGGAGCCUUCUAUCGAGACGACGACUCUGAUCGAAGAUAUUACUCGCCAACAAGUGGUGGAGAUUGUAAGCCGUACUUUCCUGGCCACCCGCCGGGGUUCUCGCUCCAUCUCUACUGAUGACCUCAUUUUCCUCAUCCGCCAUGACAAAGCCAAAGUCUCCCGUCUGCGCACAUUCCUGUCAUGGAAAGAUGUGCGAAAGAACGUGAAGGACUCCGACGACAAGGGCGGAGCCGAUGCCGCUGAUUUUGCGGGCGCCGACGAUGCGGCUGGUGUGGCCGCUGGCCCACAAGAUGUGGCUGCAAAGCCCAAGAACAAGCGCGCCAAAGUCGGUCUGGCCUGGGACGUCCACAGCUUUUUCUCCGUCCAGAUCCCCGAGCGCGAAGACGAGGAAGAUGAGGAGGAAGAGGAGCAGAAUUACGCGACCCUCCAGCGUCUUGCCGCGGCCGACGAACGAACCAAGCACAUGACCAAAGAGGAGUACGUCUUCUGGUCCGAGUGCCGACAAGCCUCAUUCACCUACCGCAAGAGCAAGCGGUUCCGCGAGUGGGCCGGCUUCGGAAUCGUGACGGAGUCGAAGCCGAACGACGACAUUGUCGACAUCCUGGGCUUCCUCACAUUCGAGAUCGUGCAGACGCUCACGGAGGAGGCGUUGAAAGUGAAGGAGCGGGAGGAUCACGAGAAGAACCGUGGUGGCGCGGACGCGACGGGAGAGAACUCGAAGAAGCGAAAACGCGAGACAGGCCUCUUCGAUCCUCCGGAAGAGGGUCGAACGCCCAUUGAGCCGCGGCACAUCCGCGAGGCCUACCGGAAGCUCCAGGCCACCCCCCAUAAAUCAACAGCCAUGCUGUUGAACAAUGGGCGGGUGCCUGCGCGGAUGGCCCUGCGCCUGGUCAGUCAACCCCCCUCUUACAAAAAAAAAAAAAUUUUUCGUCGCUUUUACUGA